UACGGAGAGUUGUCAAUGCGGGAAGGCGGAAUCUAGUCAUUUGUCGCAGAGAGCGUUGAUUUUUUCCUGCACCUCGAUGGAAGCAUAGAGACAAGGGACAAUUUGGGAGGACAUGGCACUCGUCAAGCAGGGGAUGGUUCUGGUGUCCAAUGGAAAGGGAAGUCAAGAGCCACGUCGUCUGCUUCUGUCACAUGACACUCUUCAGAUACAGAAGGAAGAAAUCAUUUACACCAGUACGGAGCAUGGACACAAGGCUUUUCUAGGGGAAAGACCUGUACUCCUACACAGAGAGAAGGUGGGAGGACUUGGUCUCAGUGUAAAAGGAGGUGCGGAGCACAACCUGCCCAUACUGAUAUCAAGACUGUUCAAAAACCAAGCCGCUGAGAGGACAGGGGAGCUGUUUGUAGGUGAUGCCAUCACUAAGGUCAACAACAUCAAUAUUGAGCACUUCAACCAUGACGAGGCAGUGCUGGCGCUGAAGAAUGCGGGAGAUGAAGUGCUGCUGACUGUCCGCCAUUUUCACCCUGCGUCUCCAUUCCUGAACAAGAAUGGAAACAAUAGCAACCAGCAGGAAGAGAAGCCUCACCAUCAUUGGUCUACAGUGGUGUCCAUACCUCUACUCUAUGCAUAUGUCACUAAGUACAUCACAGGAACAGAUAAAAUGAGACCUAACUGUUACGAAGUCAUCGCCAUGGACGGCACCCUGUCAGGGACGCUGCAGUGCGAGGACGGGAAGAGUUUGGCGGAGUGGAUAAGAUGUAUCACCAACAAUAUUGCUGUUCUCAACAACCAGGCUGUGCUGGUGUCCAAUAAGGUUCUUGUGCCAAAUGAACAUAUUCACACCAUGUGUUGGAGCUGUGAGCACCUGCAGUCCACGCGGCAGUGGCAGCACUGGCGACCCAAGUUUGUGGCACUGAAAGGACAGGAAUUCUAUGUGUUUGAUGCUCCCCCAGUUCAAACAAGAGACUGGGUAAGAUGUGAGAGGAUUUACAAGAUUUAUGAAACUAUGUUCAGAAUAUUAAAACACAAAGAACUGAUAGAUGACCGUCAGUACUGUUUUGUGGUGCAGACGGCGCAGCAUGGCGGACUGUACAUGAGCAUGGAGACGCGAGAACAGCUGCUGCAUCUGGAGAAAGCUUGGCACAGAGCCAACUAUCUGGCUGUCAGACAUGUUGGGAGUAAAACAUUUGGUUGUUCUUGGAGAGACAGAAUCUGUGGACUGACUCUGGACCUUCAGGCUGGCUUCUCACUCUAUGACAGUGAAACUAAGAUUUUCAUGUGGAAUUACAAAUUCUCCCAACUGAAGGGAUCGUCUGAUGAUGGGAAGACAAAACUUCGACUGAACUUCUUUGCAGAAGACAAACAGAAUAUUGAAACAAGGGAAUUGGAGUGUACGGCACUGCAGACACUGUUGUUGUCAAUCCACGCCUUCCUGUCAGCCAAGUUGGCGUCUGUGGACCCCCAGUUUCUGAAAAAUUUCUGAGACAUCAACUUUCCUGUUGGCCAAGUUGGCGUCAGUAUACCCCCACUUACUGAAAAAUUUCUAAGACACCAAUCUUCCUGUCGGCCAAGUUGACGUCUGUGCACCCCCAGUUUCUGAAGAAUUUGUGCUGUAAAGACCCUGUGUCUAGAGCAAAGAGGAGAGGAAGGCAGGAGUGGGGUGUAUCAUUGUUUAUACAAGCCUUCCUACCUCUUCUGAUGAAUAUUAAAAGACUUUAAAGCUAUUUAUUUACAUCUCCCUAUCAGCCAUAUUGAUUCAAGUUAAUAAAAUAUAAUCACACUAUAAAUAGUUCCACCAAGUUAUAAUGAAGUUCUCAUUAAAUGAAUUUGUUGCUAUUGAUAUACUUGAGUUGCGUCAUUCUCAAAUGAGGAAAAGAGUUUUUGAGGGUCACUAAAACAUACCUAGAUGAACCCCUACCAUAGUUAAGGACAUUUCAUAUGAGGAGAGUCACUUUAAAUAUUUGAAAUAUUUUACAUGUUUGAGUAGAUUGCACAUUAAUGUCAGCACAGUGAAAGGUAGUGGAAGAAGAAUGAUGUAAUGCAGACCUGCCAGACGUUGUUGGUAUAUAAGACAAACCUUGUUGAGACAGAGAGCAGUAUUAUGUAUGAACUAGUCACAGGAUGUAGAUCAUUAAUUUUAUGACAUAGAUGGGAGUGGUAUUUCUUUUUCUUUAUUUACAUAUUUAAAAGAAAAAUUGUUUUUACAUCCCUGGGGAAUCAUAUAUCAACUAGUCAUCAACUAGUCAGCUGUAUAAAGCAGUUAUGGAUUUUUUACCUCUUCACUUUGAUCAGAUGUGUUGUUAUGACAUUGAUCUAGUCAACAGUGGCAGGUGCAUGUGGUAACUUCUACAGCAUUUUUUUUUCUUUUUUUCACUUGUAACUUUUUUAGGUCUUAAAUGCAUUAAUUGUGUCUAAAAAGUCUGUUUUCUUGAAAUAUUUGAGCAUUGAGCAUGUUGUAAGUCCCAUUGGUUGAUGAACUGGGCAUCAGUUUACCUUACAAUAUUUAUACACAGGUAUACAUAUUUAUACAUAGGUGGUGACUUGUCUGUUUAUCCACUGCCAAAGCAGUUUGUUUAACUGAGACAUUUGUGAGCUUAUGCAUAGUAUUAAAAUUGAUUUUUUUAUUUUAUAAAUAAAUUUUCCUUUUCUUAGAUAAUAUUAUUAACUUGAAACUAAAUUUAUCUAGAAGUUUAUAUAGCAGGGAGAAGGCCAAUAGUUAAAAAAUCUCUUCCAUUGUUUUUGUGCCAAACUUGCCUGUCUCUUUAUUAAAUGUCUCUUCAAUAUAUUUAUUAGAAGUUUGUCCCAUAUCUUUAUUUACAUCUCUUUGUUAAUUCUAAUUCAUUGGGAUUGUUGGUCAACAUUCACAUAUUCUGCUUACUAUUCCCAAUUAGUGUUUACAAUUUUAUGAUAGAUAUUACUGUGUUCUCUCUCUUAGUUCACAGGUUUCAUCCCAUCAGUAUUCAUUCAUUCAGUUCUUUUAUAUUUUUUAUACAACCAGUAAAGAGUGGUUUAACUUCAUUUUAUGUUGUUUGUGUCGCAGUGAAACUGUCACCUUCUGUAUAAUAAUUUACAGCCAUGAUUGAUUUUAAAAUGUCACAUCAUCAGUGAAUGUUACAAAUGAUAUGGGUGUGUAACAACUUAGCUCCCCCAUUUAUUUUGUGAAGUUUCACUCGAUUCUAUUUAUUGUGAUAUUCCACUUAGAUGGCUUUGGAAAAACCGCCAUUGCUCUAGUGAUUGGUUUCCAUUCCUCCAUUCACUGUGGGAAUGCAGUAUGAUUUUCAAUACCCUUUGUUUUUGGUAUCUCAGUGAAAUUUUAUUUACAGAAAAAUAAAGGUUUUUA